AUGACAUUCAGUGACGAAGUCAAAAAGACAUUUAUCACUUUCUAUGGAACUUUCGUAGAUACUCCAGAAUUUGGGUCGCUUAGAAUUAGAAAGGACACCGCUGUGGGUGUAUGUAUGGAUGUGUCUAUACCCGAUAAGUUUGGUAAGAUUCAAUUCAUCGUAGAGGACUGUAAGGACCCUCUAAAGAUUACACUUCAAUAUGAUUCAUCUUUAAUCGAAGAAAAUAUUCAAAUCGUGGUUCAUUCAACUAACUAUGAUAACCAUAUUAACACUUUUUUCUUCCCAGGGUUUAUAGAUACUCAUAUACACGCAUCUCAAUACCCUAACUGUGGGAUUCUGGGUAAUGACUCUACUUUAUUAGAUUGGUUAAAUAAAUAUACUUUCCCAACAGAAGCUGCUUUGAGUCAUUUGCCUUAUGCUGAAAAAGUGUAUGAUAAAGUAGUUUCGAGAACUCUUGCAAAUGGUACCACUACAGCUACUUAUUUUACUACUAUUGAUUUAGAGGCAUCGAAGAUAAUGGCUAAGACUUGUGUCAUGCAUGGACAAAGAGCAUUGAUUGGGAAAGUAUGCAUGGAUUCUAAUAGUCCUGAUUAUUACAUUGAGACAUGCAAGGAAUCUGUCUCUUCAUUGGUAGAGUUUGUAGAUUAUAUUGAGAAUGAAUUGUGUGAACCUUUGAUCCAACCUAUUGUGACACCAAGGUUUGCACCAUCUUGUUCAAGAAAUUUGAUGGAGAAAAUAGGAAACUUAGCUAAGGAUAAAUCACUUCAUAUACAGACUCAUUUAUCUGAAAAUUUUAAUGAGAUCAAUUGGGUCAAAGAAUUGUUUCCUGAAUGUGAAAGUUAUACAGAUGUUUAUAACAAAUACGGUCUAUUGAAUCAUCGGACAAUAUUGGCUCAUUCCAUUCAUUUGACAGCAGAAGAGAUUGACCUUAUCAAAUUGAAACAAUCAGGGAUCGCUCAUUGUCCCAUCUCUAACACUUCUUUGACAUCCGGGGAAUGUCCCAUUAAACAAAUGUAUACAGACGGUAUUGAAAAAAUCGGGUUGGGGACAGAUGUCUCAGCUGGGUAUUCUUGUAGUAUUUUGGAGUCUGCUAAAGCUGCUUUUUCAGUAUCAAGACAUCUAGCAAUUAAGAAAGAAAAUCAAGAUGCUAAAUUAUCAGUCAAUGAAUGUCUGUAUUUGGCCACAAUGGGUGGUGCAAAGGUCUUGGAUAUGGAGAAACAAAUUGGUUCCUUUGAAAUAGGGAAAAGUUUCGAUUGUCAAGAGAUUGAUUUGAGAAGCCCCACUUCUACCAUAGAUAUAUUUGAAUGGCAAGUGCCAACUCUAUCAGGCACCAAACCUAAGAUUACUCAAUUGAACAAACUCGAGGCAUUCGAUAUUAAUGAUGUCAUCAGUAAAUGGUUUUUCAAUGCGGAUGACAGAAAUGUGGUUAAAGUGUGGGUAAAUGGUCACAACGUAAAGAACUAG